GGCGGAAGGGGCGGGGCGCGGGGCGGGGCGGGCGCGAUGGCGGCGGCGCUCUCCGGGGUCCGGGACGUGGAGAUCGACGGUGACGGCGUGUUCAAGUACGUGCUGGUGCGCGUGCGCGCGCCCGGCGCACCGGGGAAGGACGUCGUGCGCGGGCACGGCUGGGCCGAGUACCACGCCGACAUCUACGAGCGAACGGCGGCGGAGCUGGCGCGGCAGGGCCUGGAAUGCGAGUGCCUGGGGGGCGGCCGGCUCGCCCACCGCCCCCAGGAGAGGAAGAUCCACGUCUACGGAUACUCGGUGGGCUUCGGGCGAGCCGACCACUCCGUGACUACGGAGAAGCUGAAGGCCGAGUACCCAGACUACGACAUCACCUGGGCAGAUGAAGGCUACUGACUCCUGUGCCCGGGCUGCAGCAGCGGCACCAGCCUGGAGCUGGUGCAGCCAGACCCGGUGUUGGGGUGGUGGCAGCAGGUUCCCAGUGUUCUGGGCUCUCCUGGUUUUCCUUUCUGUUGAACUCGCCUGUUCUCUACUGUCACCGGACUUCCCAUGUGCCGGUGGGUGCUCCCACCUCCCCAGCACGGCAGAGCUUCGGUGAAGCUGGUGGGUGCCCUGCCCCGACGUCCCCGGUGGCAACGGGGUUUGUCCCACAUGUGUAUGUGAGAAUUAAACACACUGGGCAGCACA